AUGGAGGAAGCAUUGGCCAAAAUACGGCCUCAUACGACAUCAAAUCUUGCCCACCAGAAAGCACCAGCCAACCUACUUCAGGCUUUAGAAUCUACGUUUCAGGAAAAGCAUGCGGACAGGACACCUACGGCUUAUUUUGCUGCAUUGAUCACAACUCUCGAUGGAAGCAUUCAAAAGAAGGAGACUUCACUUGGAGAUGGAGACGUACUACCCGCAGAACUGUAUCUUCUUGCUCUGGUGGCUCCCUUCGUCCCCCCGCCAGUUAUCCAGACCAAUCUCAAUACACUUCUCUCUCUGACCGCACCACUUUUUCCUGCCUUGAUGGCACAUGCUCCUCCACUGAGAUCACAGUUGACUCUGUACAAUGCUGUGUUUAGAGCCCUUGACAAAUCGCAACUGGACGUUUCUGCAGUCCGCCAAUCAUUUGCAUCUAUACUGCAAUUGUGUCUGGAUCCUCGACCAAAAGUGCGCAAGAAAGCAGCUGACAUUGUAAAAGACGUUCUUUCCUUCCCACCGAGUCCUUUAAUUCGGCAUCCUUACGCUCAGCGGGUGGCUGAGUGGGCGCAUAUCGCGCUCCAGCAAGCAAGCACCGGUGCCCUACCGAAAUCAAAAUCAUCAGGAAAAGGGUCUGAUACCUCAGCUGCAGAAACAGCCAUCCAUCUCCUUGCAUUCUUACGCCCAGUGCUUCCAAAUCUUCCCCUCGAAGCCAUUCCGCCCAUCACCACUACGCUCUUGACCCUUCCACGAUUAGGAAACCCAUACCUCUCCCAGGCCGCAUACUCGAUUCUUUCCGAUCUUUUUACUGCAUCUACUACGACCGGCACUGCCAGUGCAAUCGAACAGAUUCCAGCCGUUUUACAUGCCGUCCUGGAAUCCCCACCAGCAAAAGCCGAUAAUUCCAUCUCUCCAUCUUGGAUUCGUGUUCUAGGAGAUGCAAUGUUUGCAUAUCAUGUCGCGGACGCAUCGGCCUGUGCCACUGAAUUUCACAGAGUGUGGAAGACGGUGUGGUCGUACUUCGAGACGAAGAACCCGCAAACUCGUAAAGCUGUUGCGGAAUCUCUGGAUUUACUGACACGGUGUAUCACGUCUUCUCUCGUGAAAGACUCCAUUUCGGAUGGUGAAGCUGGCAAAUCGCCUUUGCGAAGCAUCAUCUCGCAAAUAACAAAAGCUCUCGACUCCCUGUCCUUUGCAUCUGCUAUGCAGGAACUGCUCUCGGUUAUUUCAGCUCUGAUCUCGAAUUUGGGCGUUCGUGUGGACCCUGCAAAGUCUACUACUGCUACGGAGGCUUUGCUCAUGCCUCUAGUGUCGAAAAUCGCCGAUCUGCGGGUCCAAAAAGGCUUUGAGCAUAAGGAAGCUGCUGACGCUGUGCUCUCGACGGCUAUGCGAGUAGUGGGUCCCGCCGUACUUCUUGAAGCCAUUCCUCUGAAUCUAGAGCCCUCGGAUCGUCAAGCAGGCAAAGAACCACGGGCAUUCCUUUUACCUAUGCUCAACCAACCCCACCCGUCUCUCCUUGGCCAUUUUGUCUCAUACUUCGUGCCCAUGAGCGAGCGGAUGUUCAAUUUGCAGCAAAAGGCUGAUAGCGAAGGAAGGCAAUCAGAGGCGAAAGUGUGGAGUGUACUUGUCACUCAGAUAUGGUCUGGAUUUGCGGGCUAUUGCCAUGCACCUUCUGAUAUUAAGACAGCCCUUACACCGGCAUUCUCGCAACUCCUUUCUCAGCUACUUUACAGCCAGCCUGAUCUUCGACCACCUGUACUAAGGGGUCUGAAGGCUUUGAUAGAGUCCAACAAGGUUAUCGCAUCCCAGGUCGACACAGACAUGGGAGAGUCCUCGGGAUCUGACAACGUAAUUACCCCUGAACAAGCUUCCGAGAACCUUACUGUCCUCAAGACCCAAGUAGAAAGUUGGUUUGCUGUCUUCUUCAACGUUUUCGGUAGCGUGGAUAGGGAUAACCGUGGCAUGGUGGGCGACGUGAUCAGUGUUUGGGCUGGACUCGCAGAGAAGCAAGACAUUGCAAAAGCCUAUCGCAAGGUCGUAGACCUUUUCCGUCAAAGCCUCCAACAAUCAGACAACGGGAAUACCACUGCAAUGAUGGAAGACCUUUUAAUUCUCCUCCUUCCCUUCCUUGACACACAAGACGUCGCCGCUCUGUUCUCGACGUGCCUCGCGCAGGAAGUACUGUGCCACAAGGACAACGGCGUACAAAAGCGUGGUUACAAGAUUCUAGCGAAGCUUCUGGAGCACGGUAAAGUAGAAGAGGAUGCGCUCCAGACAUUUCAACGUCUGGACGAGCUUUCUAAAGAUCGAUUCAUCUUGCUCUCUCUGCUGAUACUUCGGGUGCCUAGCGAGUCUUUGCAUAUCAUUCCUUCGCUUAUCCCAGAAGCUGUCUUGGAGAAAGCCCGGUUAGCGGCUUUCGAGCUCAUCGUUGCUAUGGGUCAAAAGAUGAGUAACGGUGGUAUAGUGAAGAGGAGCAUGGUGGAUGGAAUGGAUGAGGACUGCAUUAACGAGUACAUGACUAUGGUUGCAGGAGGCUUAGCAGGAGCUUCACCGCACAUGAUCAGUGCCACCGUAACCGCCGUCUCCCGUCUCGUCUUUGAGUUCAGAGAAUCCAUCGAUACCCAGAUGCAGACGGAGGUCUUCACAACUCUUCUUGUUUUCCUCUCCUCUGCCAACCACCUUGUCCCUGCACUCCUCGCCUGGUCUCACGAUCACAAGAACCAUUUCAAGGCAAAGGUCCGCCAUAUCUUCGAGCGGAUGAUCAGGAGGUUUGGGUGGAAUGACGUGUAUCAAGCGGCAGGUGAGGAUCAGGCCGCGAAGGUGUUGGAAAGAGCUAAAAGGAAGAAAGCUCGAGAGGACGAUGACGAAGAAGAGGGGAGGUUGACGACUAAAGGAAAGGUUUCCACAGGUGAUGCCUUUGAGGACGUUUUGUAUGGCAGUGAAAGCGAGUUGGACGACAGCGACGAAGAUGAGCAGGCGUCUCGACCUAUGGCAGGACCGAAACGGAAGGGAGUUGAACAGGGGGUGCGUCUGCGGGUGGAUGAUGACGAACCGAUGGACCUCUUGCAGGGUGUUGCAUCACGAUUGACCAAUGCCCAAGCCAACCGACGCCGCAAGCCGGGUCAGGAUGCAGGUCACUUCAAAACUGAUACUGACACUGGAAAGAUUGUUAUCAAUGAGGAUGAGGAGUCUGACAUCGAAGUCAGCUCUCGGAAGGCUGCCAAAGACGUUGCUGGCAGUGCAUAUCGGGAGAGUAUGACCUCAGUGGAUGGCUUUACCCGCGGACCCAAUGGGCGCAUCAAGUUCAACAAAGAUACUAAAAAGAGACGCCGCGAGAAUGAGGACGAAGACGGAGAUGUUGAGAUGGCUGAUGGUGCUGCCACUACUCCGAAGAAGCACAAGCGACCCGCCGAGCCAAAAUUCGGCCACGAGUUCAAGGCAAAGAAAGCUGGUGGUGACGUCAAGAAAGGCGGUGUGGAUCCAUAUGCUUAUGUGUCGUUGUCUCAAGCCGCCAAGAAAAAAGGCCGAAACCGUACUGGCAUUGCUGGAAAACAUCGAUGA